UGACGCACUGCAGCUGCAGAUGCUCGUGCGCGUGUUUGUGUACAUGAAUGGAUUCCUCUCAGAUCUGUAAAUAAAUAAAUAAUAAUGUUGAUUUAAUAUGGAAAGCGAUAUACUCGAUGUUUUGGAUCAGGUCGGGUAUGAAGGGCCGCUGUCAGAUGAAGAGUCUCUGUUGACUUCGUGUGGGCGGGGCUUCAGCUCACCUGAAUAUGUCAGUCUACUGACACACCUGUUAACCAGACUGACCCACGUCACGGACACACCUGCAGGAGAGUCACUGUUCUCAGAUGAUCCUGACCGAUGGAGGCUGGACCUCAGCAGAUUGCUGACAGACUUCUGCUGCCCGUAUAAAGACGUCACCUCUGGGUUAGCAAACGUAGACGUGAAGGACACAAGAGACCAUCUGAAGAUCCUCUUGUUUCUGGCGUCAGAGCUUCAAGCUGCUGAGAUGUUGUCCAGUAAAGCAGCGCCUGACACAGAUGUGCAGUUGGACACGUCUCUCCAGGAUCUCCGAGCAAUAUGUAAAACUCUGAAUCUACCUGAUCCCAUCAGACAAGAGAGCAGAGAUGUGCUCACUGCCGUAGAGAAACAGGUGUGUGUUUUACUCAAACAUCUUCCAGAAACACACAUCAGACAUCCAGCAUUCAAGGGUUCACUCGAUGCUGACGAAUGGAGUAAACUGGAGGAGAUCAACAGCGUUCUGUCAGCGCAGUAUGAGUGUAGACGGCGUCUGCUCAUCAAACGUCUGGAUGUCACCGUACAGUCCUUCAGCUGGUCUGAUCGAGCCAAGGUGAGAACUGACAGAAUGGCCGGGGCGUAUCAGUCAAAGAGAUAUUCAUUAUCAUUCAAGUCUUCCGUCAGUCUGGCUCAUGUGCUUGCUGCCCGAGACGACAUCUGCAACGUGGUGAAAACCAGCAGUGGCUCCUGCCGAGAGAAGACCACCUGCACUGUUAACAAAAUUCUGAUGGGAGCCGUUCCUGACCGCGGUGGACGGCCGUCUGAGAUUCAAGCCCCUCUGCCGGAGAUGCCCGUUUGGCAGAAGAGAACCGAUGGAGGGGGCCGAGGGGCGGCUGGACGUUACGGAGGGGGCGGGUAUGGAAGAGGGGGAGGGGCCUACGACAGGUGGGGGGGUGGAUCUAGAGGUGGAUGGAGACAGGGUAACUGGAGGACAGGACGAUGAUGUCAUCACUGUCUGUUUCUCUUUGAUAUCACAUUGUUGUCGUGAAUGUUUAUUUGAGCGCUUUCUGUAUCGGCGCACAAACUGAGACUUCUACCGUCGUGACAUCUGGCAGAUUUGAGGGAUAUUUGAUGCGUGUCUGAUCAAUCGGUCCAGCUUAGGAACACCGUUCAUUUCUGAUGAAUAAAGUCUGUUUUAAACAUGU